AUGAAUCACCGCAAUUCUCUUCCUAUUGACGACCUCGACGAGAGCUUGUGGGAUUCUCCCUCCAAGCCAGAAGACACCAGCAAGCAGGCCCAUUCAACAAAACCUACAUACCAGGAGCAACGAGAACGUGACGAAAGCCUGCGUCAGGAACUGGAAAGCGUCCGGCAGGUCAAUGAAGCAAUUCAAGGCGUGACUCUCAGUUUGCGAAAGGCGAAAGACAACAUGAAGACCCUCAAUAACACUGUCUCGGCUGCUUCUGCGUUACUCAACACAUGGACUCGGAUAUUAUCUCAGACCGAACACAACCAACGACUCAUCCUCGACCCCUCGUGGCAGGGUGCCAGCCAGGAUAUUGCCAACAUCGAGGAGGAAGCUUUACAGAAGCAGCGUGCUACCGAGAGACGAGAAGCAGAGGAAGAAGAGCGAAAGAUAGCAGCAGCAAGACGCGCAGACGAAGAGGAGAAGCGGAAAACAGAAGCAGUCGUCAAGCCUACCAAAGCCGGCACUUCGAGAGGCACAUCGAGGGCGCCUUCUGCUGGGCGAGGGUCGGUUGCGCACACGCCCUCGUCAUCCUAUGUUCAGAUGGGUGGCACCAAUUCCAGCGGUAUCAGGCGAGGGACAUCUUCGACAAGGAGGACCACUUCAGGUAUUGGCCGGGGUACCGCGGGUAGGGGCACGAGGGGGCGUGGUUGA